GGGGAAAAUGACUAGCUAUAGACGACAUGACAGAAAAAUCAUCAAUGAAAAUAGCAGCUGAACUGUUUAACAUCAAAUGGAGCCUCGUUCGCUUACUUGUUUCAAUAACAAUGAAUACUCUUAUCAAACAUAAAUAUAAGUACUUCAAAUUUGCUAAUUGUAAUAUUUUUAUAAAACUUGUAUUAUAUAUGAAUAAUCAAUUACAAUAUUUCGAUAACAAUUGUAGGAUGUUUGGCCAUGAUUAGAUAAUAGUUGAAAGAGGCCAAAAUUUCAAGAUGGCGACCUACUGAAUGUUUGGUGUCUCCGUAGUCGCUAAAAGUCUUUCGUGCGUAGACAGUCUAGUGUAUGUUACUUUGAAAUAUCCCAAGAACUUUGCAAAUUUGUGGUGGACGAGAUUACAUUCUCAUGUCACACGUGUCUCAAGGUAUUGUUGUAUGGUUAAUGUUCUGUGAUAAACGUUGUUCUAGUCUCGUCAGUUGUCGCUGCAGCUUGCAAGUCACCAACGUCAAGUGUGAACCUCACUGUCGUGCCACUGGAUUAAUCCGCAGGUGCGUACGUAAUAUGCCGUUGGUAUAUAUGGCGAAAAUUCUUGAAAUGAACUCUGCCGCCAUGCAUGAUGCUUUGGUCCAUGAUGAAGACAUGGGUCAUCUGGUCCAUGAUGACUGGCACAAGACACCAGAAGGGAAAAUCUAUUUCUCUUCUGUUUUAAGAAACAACAGGCGAAAAACCUUUGGACUUCUUGAAAGGCCAAGUUUGUCUCCUCAGCACACCCCAGACACACUGACAUACAAAGUAUUUCUCUGCGGUAAAGCUGGAGUUGGUAAAACAGCAACAGUUUCAAAACUAAUGGGAGUAAAUGUACCUCCUGUGCAUUGUGAAACUCCAGGUAUUCUUACAUCAGUAUUAUACUGGCCAGCAAAAAUUGCAGAUAGAAUUCAUAUGUUUAGAUUUCAUUUCUGGGAUGCCGGGGAACAAGCACUCAAGAAGUUUGACCACAUACUUCCCGCUUGCAUGGAAAAGGUAGAUGCUGUAUUAUUCUUAUUUUCCUUCACAGACCAUCCAAGCUUUGACGAUCUAGCCAAUCAAAUGUCUCGUAUUUCCAGCACAGAUGAUGGCGCCCUCAAAGUAGUCGUUGGAACAAAAUAUGACCAAUAUGCCCACAGCGAAAUCACCUCAAGGGAGUUGCAAGAUUUUGAACACCAGCAUAAAGUACCAAUUUUAAAAGUCAAAAACAUCAACAAGGCACGACUUAAUGAUUCCGAGAAAUCCCCUGAUGGCAGAGUUGAGCUUGAUGAUGUUGCACCGUUCCUGAACUGUCUCGCCGAGCGAUUGUGGUAUCGUGACCAGAUAGCUGUCGGACUUGUUUAAUAUGUAGAUAUUUCCAUUAACGAUAAAAAUCAUAAAGUAAAUUAUAUAAUCUUGCCAAAUGAUUUUACUGUAACAAAGUUAUUUUUGUAUUGCUUCAAUCUUA